AUGAGCCACGCAAAGAGACAUAAGAAUCGUAUAUUGAGGAACAAAGCUAGAAUCUAUUGUGAUGUCAAUUAUAACAAACCAAAGGAUUACUGGAACUAUGAAGCAUUGAAUGUAGAAUGGGGAUCACAAGAUGAUUAUGAGAUUGUUAGAAAGAUUGGACGUGGAAAGUACUCUGAAGUAUUUGAAGGUGCUCAUAGUAAGAAUAAUGAGAAGUGUGUGAUCAAGGUACUGAAGCCUGUAAAGAAGAAGAAGAUUAAGAGAGAGAUUAAGAUUCUGCAGAACUUGUGCGGAGGCCCAAAUAUCAUCACGCUGUUGGAUGUGGUCCGCGAUCCUCAAUCAAAGACACCAAGCCUCAUCUUUGAAUACAUCAACAACACCGACUUCAAACACCUGGCGCCCACGCUGACCGACUUUGAUGUGCGAUACUACAUAUUAGAGUUACUGCGCGCCCUCGACUUUUGCCACUCCAACGGCGUCAUGCAUCGCGAUGUCAAGCCCAGCAACGUCAUGAUCGAUCAUCAGAAACGCAAGCUCUUCCUCAUCGACUGGGGUCUGGCUGAAUUCUACCAUCCCAACCAGGACUACAAUGUCCGUGUCGCCUCUCGUCCCUACAAGGGACCAGAGUUGCUCGUCGAUAUGGAGGACUAUGAUUAUAGCUUGGACAUGUGGAGUCUUGGAUGCAUGUUUGCUGGAAUGCUCUUCCAGAAGGAUCCAUUCUUCCAUGGACAUGACAACAUUGAUCAACUUGUCAAGAUUGUCAAGGUGUUGGGCACUGAAGAGUUCUACGCAUACUUGGACAAAUAUGGAAUAGUGAUCGAUCCAACUCUACAAAAUAUACUUGGCAAACAUCCAAAGAAGCCAUGGGCAAAGUUCGUUACAAACGACAACAAGAACCUUGCUGUGCCAGAGGCCAUUGAUUUCCUGGACAGACUCUUGCGCUACGAUCCAGCAGAGAGACUGACGACAAAGGAGGCGAUGGAGCAUCCAUACUUCAAGAUCCUGCUCCAGAAUUCACACAUGAACUAG